AUGACAUUUUUCAAUUUAAAAUUGAAUCAAAACUUGUCUUCGCUAGAUGUCGUCAAAGUUCUUAGAAAUCACGCGAAUCUCGUUUGUCACAAAAUGUACAAAGCAUUAACAUCGUUAUGGUCAAAGCCAUUACCACCAUCAACAACAACAACAUCUCCAAAUAAUAGAACUCGAGAUUCAUCAGAUUCAACGGUUGAUGAAGAUGGUUGGAUACUGGUUUCAGAUAAUGUAGUUGUAGAACCGAAUACAACUUCAUCAGAUGAUAAAAAUAGUAUAAUGACUAAUAGUUGGAUCGCAUCUCCACCAUUAAUAAGAACUGAUCAAUCGCUAUCGAUAAAUAGAUCAUCAUCACCGAAUACACAUCAUUUUAAUCCAAUCGAGAAUUUACUUAUCGAACAUGCGAGUAUGAGUGUUUACGAGCAAAUUGCGUCGCGAACACGUGCUAGACGUCACCGAAAAACGGUGAAUGACACGAAACUCGAUGAACAAGUCGAAGGAGUGAAAACUGAUGAUGAUGACGAUCGAUCAUCUGUCGUUCUUCAAUAUACAUCUCCACAUCCGAAUAUCUCAUCAGUUCAUCUUCGAACUUUGAAUACCUCGUUAAGUCAUUCGACGAACUCUUCAUUAUCACCAUUAGAAUCGUCGACGUCAUCACUCAUUGCCCACCAUCGUCAUUUACAACGUAUACAUCAACGACGACGACGCCGAUCAGGUAAAACAUCUUCGAAAUUAACCUUAACGAAUCAAAUUGAUGAAUCAAAACAAACAUACAAUAAAAUAAUCGAACGACAACGUUUAAAUUAUGCUCGUACACCUAAACUUGUUCUCCAUCAACCAUCCCGUGCCAAUCAUUGA